CAUUAGUUUCUCCGUGGCAAUCUAUUAUCUGUGGACUCGACAAUGGCUUGUGCUUUACCUCCUGGACAAUGGUACAACAAAGCUUCUGAAGAACUGGAGAAGAUGGUGGGACAAAACGAAGCAAAACGUCUUAGAGAAAAUGAAUUUCCUAAUCUCCCCUGCGCUAUGUUCUUGGCCAACCAGGAGCACUUGAAAUUGAAAGCCAAUGCAAUCUGGACAAAAUAUUAUGAAGCAUCUCUCAAGUGCGGCCGAAGGUCUACAAACAUGGUUGGUGUGGGAGGUUUUGGAACACUGACUGUUGCACGAAAUGGUCAGUUUCCACCCAACGAAAUCUUUAACCCUGGAAGUGUAUAUCCACUUCGACUACGUCACUCCAACGCUCUUGGGACUGAUGACCGAGCUAUGGACAUUCUUGGUGUCGCAAUCAAACUGGCUGAUGUUGAUGAGGGUGGACCACUGGAUUUGCCCUUCUUCUCUGGAGAGGGUCUGCUCUAUUGUAAUGGCCCCGCUCUUGAUGAUUUAGUCCAGGGUCCUCUCAGUGGAGAUCUUGAGAAGUACAAAGCUUACUUGAAGAAGAAUGGUAGCUACUAUCGAAAUCUUGUCAACAUGAUGCGUCGUGGUCCGAGCUCCUACGAUCAAGUCCACUACUAUGCUCAAAUGACCUACAAAUACUGUGGUCUAGAUGGCAUCCAACGUCAUUGCCGCUACCGUAUUGUACCCGCUAAUGAUGGUCCUGAAAGUGGACUCCUUGAUGACGAAGAUCAAAAAUUUCCCUGGAAUGGAGGACCUCGUCCUACCGAUACUCGCUCUCCAAACUACUUGAAACAGGAAUUUGCUUCUCGUUUGGAGAAGGAAACAAUUGAGUAUCGGUUGCAGAUACAAAUUCGCAACCGUGAAAGCAGUGAUGACAAAGAAGUUUACAACCCAUCUCUACCUUGGGAUCGAACAAUUUUUCCCUGGGUAGAUCUCGCGCACAUCACGCUAACUCAACCUCUUCAUCCGGCAGUCACCGAACGCACUCGUUUCAAUUUCAUGAAUCAGCCCGCUUCCCUACACGUCGAAGAUGAAGCAGAUUCAGUUUAUGAUUAUCGAUCAAUUGCUCAUCUCAGGGAAGCCGCAACAUCGGGAAGCUUUGAAGGCCGCAAACGAUUCCGUGAAAUUGUCAACAGCAACUAUACUACACCAACUACAGUAGACGGAGUAGAAGCAAUUGCAGACACGUGUUACUCAGUCAACGUCAAGGGAGUGAAACUUUCUGGCUCUUCGGUAGGAGCGACUGCUUAUUGUGUAAUUGUUGGCGAUAAGAAGAGAACAGAUUCUAUCGAUCUGAUCGGAGUGAUUGGGUCAGGAUGUGGAGGGGAGACUAUUGGCACGUCCUGUGAAAUUGGCAACGUUAUUGCCAUCAAAAUCUCCUACACUUCUCACGAAAAUGCUGCAUGCUACAUUGAAAAGGUGAUCGUCGAAAAAGACGGAGAUACAUUCGAAUUUCCUUGCUACCAGUGGAUUCAGGGAGAAACCACAAUCAAGACUGGACGAGCAACCUUUGCUCAGCAAGACAAUGGCCAAGUUAGAGCAUCACGUACUGUCGAGUUGCACAAAUGGCGUAGCUUGCUAAGCUGGAAGAAGGUGCCAACACAGCCAUCAACCGUCAACAUAGAUCAGAUCGGUCAACUUCCUAUCCAACUUCAACUGAGUGAGAAACAGCACCGUCUCAUGUCUGACCCUCUCAAGGCAGGCAGUGACUGUCUCAUGCUGCAUCCGUUCUUGGGAGUGAACAAGACAGCUAGCAAACUAACUGACUACAGGCAGUUGUUGCGUGUACAGAUCAACGGUGGGCCGAUUGUUGCUGAUGUUUGGCAAGAUGAUCAUGAAUUUGGCCGACAAUUUUUGCAAGGCAUUAACCCAUUGCUCGUCAAACGUGUGGGAACACAAGGAUUGCCAGAAAUGUUUUCGGUCACUGACUUUACUGUCCGAGGAUCACUAGGACGAGGAGUAACUUUACAACAAGAGAUUCAGGCUGGUCAUGUUUACAUGGUUGACUACACUGUACUAGAUGGUAUUACUACUCAGCUCAGGACCUACACAGCUCCAGCCAUGGGUCUGUUUCUAGUGACAGCGGCUGGAGAAUUUACUCCUAUAGCCAUUCAAUUGAGCCACGGACCAACUGCUGAUACACCUAUAUUCACUCCACAAGACAACUCAAAUGAUUGGCUCUAUGCAAAGAUUUUUCUUAAAAAUGCAGAUGUUCAAUAUCACCAAGUGAUUUCUCGUCUAUUCUUGACUCAUUUUGUCCUCGAACCAAUGGCAAUAUCAAUGUACCAUAACUUGGCUUCCUGUCAUCCUGUCUUCAAGCUGUUACAGCCGUGUAUUCGAACCACCGUCAGCGUGUGCAAACUGACUCGUGAACACCUCAUUGGCAAUAACGGACCGCUUGGCAAGCUGCUAUCCGUCGGUACAGAAGGAAUAGAUGAGCUACUGAAAAAGGCUUACAAACAAUUUGAUUUCCGUGACCUGGUGUUGCCCGUUGCUCUCACUCAGCGAGGAGUGAUUGAUACUCAAAAGCUACCCAACUACCACUAUCGAGACGAUGGUCUCAUGCUGUGGCACGCCACCAAGUCUUUUGUCGAGGAGAUCAUUUCUGUAUGUUACAAUUGUGAUGAUGACGUCAGGCGUGAUGAAGAGCUGCAAUCCUUUAUUGAAGAGCUCAACAACUCCGGUCUGCCUUUCGACUCCGGCAACGGCGAGAAAAAGCACGGCAUUCCUACCUUCAUUGGAGGUAUAAACGAGCUCGUCACCAUCGUGACGGCCAUCAUGUUUGCUGCUACCACGCAACAAGCCGCUCUCAACAACGGGCAAGUUGAUUACAUUGGCUUCUGUCCAAACGCGCCAAUGUCUCUACGCCGCCCACCUCCUAAAGAUAAAGGUCGCAUAGAUAUAAAAGCCAUUCUGUGCGCCUUGCCUGAUAUCAAUGCUGCAGCUACACAAGCAGCCAUCGCCUUUACAUUAAGUCAAAUUGGAAAAGACGAGGGCUGUCUUGGUCAGUAUCCCGAAGGAUACUUUGGCGAUGUUGCGUCCAAUCGCGCCGUCGUGAAUUUUCAGCGCCGACUGCGUGAUAUCGAGAGGCAAAUCAGGGAGAGAAACAAGACGGUGGAGGUUCCGUACACGUAUCUGUUGCCGAGCAAGAUUCCAAUGUGCAUGGCCAUGUAGUGGACCUGACAAUGGCUGCUGGUCGGCCGAUGGACCUAUGGCUUUAGUCUUGCUAAUUGUUCUGUUUGUGUUGAGAUGACAUUGCACACAGUAUUAUUCAUCAGGUAUUAGAAAAUUUCACAUUAAUGGUGAAUAUGCACUCUAUAAAAGCUACGACUGCAAACUGAGUGUCUGUACUCUACUGUAUAUAAUAGGUUCACGAGUAUACCUUUCA